CCGUUUGCCAGUUCAGCAGAUAUUAAACUGAUCGUCAAGUCCUCUGAUCGAUCCUCCACUGACACCUUUUAUCUGGACUGGCAAACAGGGUCUAUAGAUGUCUCAAGUAGAGAAGAGUUUAUCUACUGCCAGUUUCUGGGUGGCUAGAGUGCCAGAGAGUGUCUACUCCACUGACCCAGUCAUAUCUCUCAGAUCUGAGUUUGAGGUGAUCUUCAGAGCCUAUGAUGAGAAUGUUCAGUUCAACUAUUUGAGGAGUUUCAACCGUGUCCGUGUUACAUUCUCCUCUGUACCCCUGGCUGAGCAGGCUAGGGCCACUCUCAACAAUUGUAGAUUUCAAGGGACCGAUCUCAAAGUACGACCUGUCGUUCCUAUCAAGAUUGGUGCUGCCACACUGGGGGUACCAGAGAAGACCAAGCAGUUCCUCAUUUCUCCUCCUGCCUCCCCUCCAGUCGGCUGGGAACAGUCAGCCGAGGCCCAGCCUUGUGUGGAUUUCACCCUUGUCACUGCCCUAGCCAGCCUCCAGCUACCAGGUGACUGUCAUGAAGUGCAUGAAGGGUCGCCCUCCACCCCCAGUAUAUUCGUGGUCACUCCAGACGAUGGCAUGGAGACUGAGCUAGUACCAAGUGUUCUCAGGGACGAGAAGGAAAGAGAAACGAUUAGCAUGGCAGCAUUGCCUCGUUCUGUUGUACAAACAUCUAGACCUCCCUCGAAAUCAUAGUCAUCAUCCUGUUUUACGUUUUGUCA